CUCUCAUCAGUUUAAUAAAAAAGAAGAACCAAAACAUUUCCUUAGUUUCAUAAAAAAAAAAGCAAUGGCCUCUACAGCUACAUCAUCUUCCGGAGCUACAUGUUCGAGAGCGACAUCUUCCACACCAGGUGAGAAGGUGGCACUCUUUUGGGACAUUAACACUUGUCCAAUUAAGAAUUAUUAUGCCAAUCAUCUAGAAUCUAUUAAUACUGUUUUAAAAGAGAUAAAUCCGAACUACCGUGUCUCCACUACAACAAAAAUCAUAUGUGGAGAUAUCAAGAAGUGCAUGAAUGAAGCGACUCAAGAUUACUUUAGGGAGUUGGGGUUUGAGAUCUGUCAUGCAGAGGAGAGGGACCCACGGUGUGAUUUACAUGAAAAACGUAAACCGGAUAAUCCUGAGCCAGCUUUUGCAUUAUUGGUAAAAGUGAUGGAAUUUCUAGUGGAACGUCCUCAUCAUGCAAAAAAUAUUUUCAUAAUUUCUGGGGAUUAUCGUUUUAAACAUACUAUGAAGAUGUUGCUAGAGAGUAAUUGGACUACCUUUUUAGCCAAGAAGAAGGAUUCAAAUACUAAAAGUACGAAGUAUGCAACGUAUACAUGGAACUGGGAAGAUAUUGAAGGUUGAAGAAGAGGUCGCAAGUAAGCCCCUCUUUCCAGCAAAAAAGUAAUAUUAUCUUCUAUUUUCUGUAUUUCAUUCAUGUUUUUAUGUAUUCGAAUAUGUAUCUCAUAGUAUAUGUAUUGGCUUGUAUGGUUUGUAUGAUCAUAACUAUAAUGUCCUUUUUAAAAUUAUAUUUCUAUCAAAUUUUUCAGUUCUAUCA